GCAACUUUGUGGCCAUUAUGAUACAGUUUUUAUCCACAGGAGGACUUUAUGAUGCGUCUGUCCCAGCGCGCGUGUGUUCAUGAGACAGUCACGUUGUUUACAGUGUUACUUUGCCUCAUUCUCCCGUCCGCACAGGUAGAAAAAAAACCAGAAAACCUCCACGUACGCACGACUGGGUUUACAUUCCUCCCUGUAGGACAAACGUGCGCUGUUGAUGGCGUGUCUGGCCAAUUGAUUGGCUAUAUGUCGAAUAGGCAUGACGGGGGAGGUACAGCGGGAUGUGAAUAGGCCAGAAAAGAAAUGGAGACUAAUAGAAAUUAAAAGUGGCAUCGAUCUGACUGUGGUCGCCCCUCAAAGACGAGGAGGAGGGGUGAACAAAAGCAGAAAUGCCCAGACUGGCGUGGCACAGCAUGUCGGGUAGACAGAGCGCAGUCUUCCUCUGCGCCUGUGACCGAGACGAGAUGUUACUGUCACGAAAGUGCAGGCCAGUCCCUCUGAAAACACACCAGACACCCAUUUUAUCACCCGCAUGCAGGGUGGCAGCGGAGGAGGCUCGUGUUGUGUCUUUGUCUGAGGAGUGACAGCCCAGACUGUCGUUCCCCCCUCUGACCAGGGGGUGGUGCUUCACUAUGUACAGUUUGUCUCCGUGGGGAGACACCCAGAAUACUGUAAUGUCAUGCUCCAGGAGAGAGGAUCGCGGCUUCGUGGCAUUUACAGGAAUAAUUCUCACACACACUCAUACUGUACAUGCUCACACACGCAUUUCCCGUUUCUUCUCUGAUGUAAUGUGUGUGUGUGUGUGUGUGUGUGUGUGUGUGUGUGUGUGUGUGAGUGACUGUGUUAAGGCGUAGCUCUGGUUGCAAAACACACUUCCAAUGUGUUGAAAUAACAGAAAGAUUAGGGAAACAGAAAGCACGCAGAUGAUUUAACGCUAUAGCUGCUUGAAGAGGGUCACAGAUGUGUGGCUUGAUUUUCUCCUCUGUCCCCUUGACCAUGCUUGAUGGACUCCGUAGGAGGCACGCCUCCCGGCCCUCCUCCCGACCCCUGUCACUCAACUUCAGCACCUUCUCGGCCCCUCCCCCGAGCCCAGACCUGGACAGCAGCAGUGAGCAUCCAAUCAGGAGGACUCUGCACCGGCUGAAGUUGAUGAGCUCUCCCAGCCUCAGCGAUCUGGGGAAGAGUGAGAAAAGUUCACCAGAGGACAGAGGGGAGAAGCAGAAGAGGGCAGGAGCCAACGCCACCUGGAACAGCAUCCACAACGCUGUCAUAGCGGUCUUCCAGAAGAAAGGUCUGGCAGAUAAUGAACUCUACGUCCUCAAUGAAGGCGUCCGGCAUCUGUUGAAGACUGAACUGGGGUCCUUCUUCACAGAAUAUCUUCAGAACCAGUUGCUAACGAAAGGCAUGGUCAUCCUUCGGGACAAAAUAAGGUUCUACGAAGGUCAGAAGUUACUCGACUCUCUGGCAGAGACCUGGGACUUCUUCUUCUGUGAUGUUCUCUCCAUGCUGCAGGCCAUCUUCCAUCCGGUUCAGGGUAAGGAGCCCUCUGUCCGACAGCUAGCUCUGCUUCACUUCAGGAACACCAUAGUACUGAGUGUAAAGUUAGAGGACGCCCUGUCUCGACCUCGGGCCCGCGUGCCCCCCUCUGUUACACAGAUGCUGCUUAUUCUACAGGGGGUCCAUGAGUCGCGUGGUGUGAAUGAGGACUACCUGAGGCUCGAGUCUCUGGUUCAGAAGGUGGUCUCACCCUACCUGGGCACCCACGGGCUUUACUCUGGAGAUGGUGCUGAGGCCCAUUGCUGUGUUCUGGAGAAGUGUUUACCGUGGCCCAAAUCUGCGGAUCAACCCUCCAAAAACCCUGUGGUACGAUCGAAAAGCUACAAUAUCCCUCUGCUGCUGACCCCGGUGGCUGAGUAUGACCCAGAUGCCAGCUCAGUUGGCAGCGGAGGAAUUCGGCGUCACUCGGCCUGUGAGAUUAUAUCAUGCCUCGAGGACCAAGGACUGGCCUACACAGACCUGGCCUCAGGACCUGAACUGUCUGGCCCCUCCUCCAACAGGCUGUGUGUGGGCUCUCAGUUCAAUGGUAUCGUACAGGCAGGAGCGAGUGCCCUGGACUCGCCUCUUUCGUCUCCCUCCAUCCUUCAUUCCUCGGGAGCUCUCCACGGCACUGAGGCCACAACAACGAUGACUGAUCUCAGUAAAGGGGCAUCCUCUACGCCACCCAGUGAAUCGUCCAGCCCUGAAACCAUCAUUGGACAAGUGCUAGAGUCCGCAGACUCAGACUCAGAUGGGAUAUUUAUUGAUUUCCCACCUCACUCCUCAGAGGCUAUGGGGUACAGUCGCGACAGUAGGCAGAGCACUGUGUAGCUGUGGUUGACAUUAGGAACACAGCCCCCUGCCCCCCAGUGUGUACGGUAAUAAUCUGUGAGAAAGUUUAAAGAAAUCUACAUUUCAUUAAGUGGGUGCCUCCUUCCCCUCUUACUGUAGUACGAUGAAUUUCCAUGACGAGUCCAUUCCAAGUGCUUUUGCUGGUGAGUGACAACCUGGCACCUUUAUUCAAUGUCAACAUACAAAGCUAAUUCUGGUGGGACUGUUAUUAAAGAUUAAAGGACUCAAAUGUUGUACCAGGUUUUCAUCUUGAGGGCGCUGUAGCCCAAGCCUUUUAUCCUACAGUCUAAUAAUGUUCUCAAGCAAAAAUUGUGGUGAUAUUCUAUAAUUUUCCUUAUUGACAACAAAUCUCAUGAAAACCAGAGAUUAGAAUCAGCAACGAAUUGAUCCUCCUAACGAGCCCCUGAUGUAUGUCAUCUCUCUGAGCCACAGAACUCAUUUUAAGUCAAAAACACGUCAAUGAGCCACACCAUUGCCACCGUGACGUGAUUCUUGUUUUGGAUGAACAUGGGCAGUUUAUUUUGAGUCAAUCCCACAUGCACAUUAAAUACUCAUUAGAGCAACAAAUAUGUAA